ACCUGGAUCGACCUAGCGCAACAGUACUACCUCCAACACAAGUACGAGGCAUUCAAGUACAUUCUCGAGACGGCAACCGACCCGUCGACCGAGAAUGACUACGAAGCAACACCGCAGCUUAAGGUGCUGGGGAUCAACUCUCUCGCCGCGUAUCAUCUCAAACUGGCUGAGACAGAGGCCUUCCAGAGUGACGCGUCAAAAGCCCAUCUCCAAGAAGCUAUUGCGUUGUAUAACAGAUCCGCAAGGCUUGACCCUAAG